CUAUCUUCAAUAUUAUAGUAGCGGUAGAUAUGGGUCAUUAAAUUUCAAGCGCAGCUUCGGCUGUACGCAUCUCUCAUUUUCCAUCACCCAGAACGUUCGCAGAAAACCUUUCCAAGUGAGGUCAGUAGCUGCUCCCACAGAGGCCUCUGUGGGGUUUGAUGAAAUGGUCUCCGGAACACAACGUAAGUACUAUUUGUUAGGUGGAAAAGGAGGAGUUGGAAAAACAAGCUGUGCUUCUUCACUUGCUGUUAAAUUCGCCAACAGUGGUCACCCAACCCUCGUGGUUUCUACCGAUCCUGCACAUUCAUUGAGUGAUUCUUUUGCACAGGAUUUGACUGGGGGAACUCUUGUACCAGUGGAAGGACCUUGCUCUCCAUUGUUUGCCCUUGAGUUAAACCCUGAAAAAGCAAAGGAAGAGUUUCGCAGUGCAACCCGAAGUAAUGGGGGAUCAGGGAUUAAAGACUUCAUGGAUGGAAUGGGUCUUGGGGUGCUUGCAGAUCAGCUGGGUGAACUAAAACUUGGGGAGUUGCUGGAUACACCACCUCCUGGUCUGGAUGAAGCCAUUGCAAUUUCGAAGGUUAUGCAAUUCCUGGAGUCUCAAGAAUACAAUAUGUUCACCCGUAUUGUGUUUGAUACUGCUCCCACGGGUCAUACCCUACGGCUCCUGUCAUUGCCAGAUUUUUUGGAUGCAUCAAUAGGAAAGAUAUUGAAGUUGAGGCAGAAGAUAGCGUCAGCCACAUCAGCAAUAAAGUCUGUGUUUGGGCAGGAACAAGCUCCAAAACAAGAUGCUGGUGAUAAAUUGGAGCGAUUACGGGACAGGAUGAUAAAAGUUAGGGAACUUUUCCGCGAUACAAAUUCCACGGAGUUCGUUAUAGUAACUAUUCCUACGGUGAUGGCAAUUAGUGAAUCUUCAAGGUUAUGUGCUUCCUUGAAGAAGGAGGAUGUUCCUGUUAAGCGGCUAAUUGUUAACCAGGUUCUUCCUGCAUCUACUUCGGAUUGCAAAUUCUGUGCAGUGAAAAGGAAGGAUCAAGCACGGGCACUCGAAUUAAUAGAAAGUGAUCCUGAGCUGUCUAGUUUGAUGUUGGUCCAGGCACCCCUUGUUGACGUAGAAAUCAGAGGCGUUCCAGCUCUCCAAUUUUUAGGGGAUAUUGUUUGGAAAUGAUUAUAUUCUAUCUUAAUGUUUGUUCUCUGAUGUACAUUUGGGACAUAAACCUCUGCUACAAUACUUGUGGCAUCAUACAACUUACAGAUUUCUGGGAAAAUGCGUAGGAGUUUCAGUGAACAAGAUGGCAUGUUCUGUUUUUUUCCUCGCCCCCCUACCCCUAGACAGGGAGCAGCAAACUUGACAACUUUGUAGACUUGACGAUGAAAACCAAAUGUAUAUAGUGUUCUGCUAUUAUACUCUCCAGUUAUAUGUGUUUUACAAAUUAGUCAUUUUCUGUGGAAAAAAUUCCACUUUUGG